UAAUGAUAAAAUAAUACUAACGCAAAAGAUAUCGUGCAAAACUGAGUGCAACUUCAAUUAAAAUUCGUAAACGAUCUCAAUGUUUUGCACACGAAUGAACGUAGUUCAUGUGAUCAGCAAACCGGUCAUCGUCGACAUAAUAAAGGCAGGGCGAUAACCCAACUACUCAGUCUGAGCAGACGCAUUGCGCGAGCCCUGUGAUACAGUGUCGUGUGAUAAAUAAUUAAAGUUAUUGUGAAUUAAAUUAUUUUAUUUUAAUUAAAAAACAUGUCGAAAAUUUACAACUUUGGUGCCGGGCCGGCGAAGAUGCCAGAGGAGGUUUACGAAAUUAUGAGAAAUGAACUCACAAACUUCGAUGGAUCUGGCAUAAGUUUACUUGAAACAAGUCACAGGACCAAAGCAUACAUGCAAUUUAAUACAGAAGUUCAAAAUGUGGUCAGAAGAUUAUUAGAUGUGCCGGCAAAUUACAAAAUUCUGUUCAUGGCUGGUGGUGGUACUGGCGAAUUCGCAGCGGUUCCACUUAACUUGAUGUCUAGAACUGGAACAGCGGACUAUGUCGUGACUGGUGACUGGUCAGCUAAAGCAGCCAAGGAGGCCAAGAAAUAUGGCAAAGUGAACAUGGUGCUUCCUCCUACAGAUCGUUAUGUUGGCAUUCCUGACCAAUCGGAGUGGAAUCUUGAUCCCAACGCCUCAUAUGUUCACAUUUGCACCAAUGAAACUAUUCAUGGUGUUGAAUUCGACUUUAUUCCCGACACAAAGGGAGUACCUCUAGUAGCUGACAUGUCUUCAAAUAUUAUGUCUAAGAAAGUUGAUGUCUCGAAGUUCGGAGUAAUAUACGCCGGUGCACAGAAGAACAUAGGUACCGCUGGCGUGUGCCUGGUCAUCGUUAGAGAAGAUUUGCUGAACCAAGCGCUGCCGAUAUGCCCAUCGCUCUUCGAUUGGACUGCCAAUGCUAAGGCAGACUCAAUUCUUAACACACCUCCUAUGUUCGCUAUCUACGUAAUGGGAAGAGUUUUACAAUGGGUAGAAAGGAAUGGUGGUGUCGAGGGCAUGGCUAAACUAGCCGCGAAGAAAGCCUCCCUGGUCUACGGCGCAGUGGAAGAGUCCAAUGGUUUCUAUUCCGUGCCAGUAGCCAAGAAUGCCAGAAGCAAGAUGAACGUCCCAUUCAGAAUCGGAUCUCCACCCAAUGAUGAUCUUGAAAAGGAGUUCCUGAAGGGUGCUGAGGCUUUAGGACUAAUUCAGUUGAAGGGACACAGAAGCGUCGGUGGUAUCCGAGCGUCAAUCUACAACGCAGUAUCAGUUGAAGAAGUGGAAACCUUAGUGAAGUACAUGAAAGACUUCCAGAAUAAACAUGCCAAGUAAUUUAUAAGUUUAUUUUUAAUAUUCUAUUAUUAUUAUUUUAAAAGUAUUUUACCUACUUUCUUGUUUGGCUAGUAAAUUAAGCGUCGUGUAAUUGGCUGUGCUAAAAUUCUUAAUGAAGAAUAAAUUUACUUUUAAUUCGUA